AUGUGGGAGAGGAAGAAAAGCAAAAGUCGUCCUUCCGGAUCGGAUCAAAGCUGUGAAAGAAAUCCAUUUCGGAGCAUCAUCAAGAUGGUGAAAGAUAUGGAAAUUCGUCGAAGCUCGAUGGAAAGGAUCGUCAAAGACAACUUGAAGCUCACCUGUUAUCGUGUAAGAAAAGCAGCCAUUCUCUCGGAAGCUACAACCAAGAAACGGCUCGAAAGAUCAAGAAAGCUCCUUCAGCGCACGUGCACUGGUGAACUCUUGGUUACAGUGUUCUCUGACGAGAAGCUGUUCACGGUACAGGCCGAAUUCAACCCUUAAGAUCAUCAAGUACUUGCUAAGACGUCUGACGAAGCUUUUGGUAACGGAAGGACCAUUCAUCAAGCCUCUCACCCCGCUAGUGUGAUCGUUUUCGGAGCAGUGUUUGCUGAUGGCAAAUCACCAUCGCUAUUUGUCGGUCAAGAAGUCAAAAUCAACAAGGAAGUCUAAAUUUCGGAGAUUUUGGAAGACACUUCUUCCCUGGACAUUUGUCUGCGUUCAUCCCGUAGCACUAACGGCCGUCGUGUUCACCAGACCUCAAUCCUUUGGACUACUCCCUCUGGGGUUUUGCAGAAUAAGGUCAACGUUAAAAACCCUCAAGUAUUGAGGCCCUGAGGAAGACCCUGGUCAAAGAAAGGGACGCUUUAUCGCCAGAUUACCUGCGUGCAACCAUCGACGCCUACCCUAGACGUCUUCGUGCUGUCAUCGGAAAGAGAGGAGGUCCGGUGGAACACGAUUAG